AUUUUGUUAGAUUUGUAACAACUGAAAGGAGAUAUGGCAGAUACAGUUGUGAAUUUUCUGGUAGAGAAUUUGUUGCAGCUAUUAACUGAAAAUGUGAAGCUAAUUGGAGGUGCAAAGGGAGAAUUGGAAAAUCUACUUAAAAUUGCUCAACAACUCAAAGCUUUUUUAGAUGAUGCCGCAAAAUACGGAUACACGAAUAGUGAGCAGUGGAAAGUUUUGGUGAUAGAAAUACAUAAAACUGUGCACAGAGCUGAAGAUGCCAUUGAUAAGUUUCUGGUUCAAGCAAAGCUGCAUCAAGAUAAAAAUACGAUGGGAAGGAUAUUUGAUUGGCCACGCAAUUUGAUUAAAGUUAGGAAUCUUGCUGCUGAGAUUAAAGGUAUACAUGAUCAAGUCAAAGAACUUCGUAAAAACAAUCAAGCACUUCAGGCAACCCCUGUUCUUGAGCUCCCUAAAAAAGGGGAAAUAACUCAGGGUCCUUCUUUGGAGAAUGACGCAGUGGUCGGGUUUGAUGACGAAGCUAAUAAAGUGAUCAAGCGACUUGUUGAAGGACCGAUGGAAAGUGUCGAUAUUAUCCCAGUGGUGGGGAUGCCCGGACUUGGAAAAACUACACUGGCAAGAAAAAUCUAUAAUGAUUCUAAGCUUACAUAUGAAUUUUACAGCAUUGUUUGGGUUUACGUCGGUCAGGAAUGCAAAGCAAAGGAUAUUUAUCUUAGGAUUCUUAAAUUCUUCAAAAAAAACAUAGAAGAUCAUCUCAAUGAUGAUGUGGACACAUUGGCUAAGGCAAUAGGUGGUUAUAUCAAGAAAGGAGGUAGAUGUCUCAUUGUUUUAGAUGAUGUGUGGGAAGACGAAGUCAUUGAUCAUGUAAGGAAAGUUUUCGCAGAAAACAAGAAGGGUCAUCGGAUUAUGAUGACCACACGUGACUUACGUGUUGCUAAAUUUGCCAAUUCAGAACCUCAUGUGCUGAAAUUCUUGAAGACAGAAGAAAGUUUUGAAUUGUUGGUAAUGAGAGUUUUUGGCAAGGGAAGUUGUCCAAAUGAAUUAGUGGUAACUGGGAAAAAAAUUGCAGAAAAAUGUGGUGGAGUACCACUUGUAGUAGUGGUAAUUGCAGGAGCAUUAAGAGGUCGUUCGGACAAAAAGGAUUGGGAAAGAGUUGACAAAAAUGUGGUGCAACAUUUUGGUGAGCAUACCGAAGAUAGCUGCCUGAAAUUUGUGAAGAUGAGUUAUGAUCAUUUGCCCGGAGAAGUGCAGAUGUGCUUCUUGUAUUGUGGUGUCUUUCCUCGAGGCUUUGAUAUCCCUUGUUGGAAAUUGAUUCGUUUGUGGAUAGCAGAGGGGUUGAUAAAGCCACAGCCUGAGUUCACACUAGAGGAGAUAGCAGAGUUUUAUUUGACAGAUCUUCUCAACAGAAAUUUAGUAAUAAUAAUGCAAAAGAGGUCUGAUGGUCAAAUAAAAACAUGUCGUCUUCACGACAUGUUGUAUCAGUUCUGCAAAAAGGAGGCUAGUAACAAAUGGCUUUUUCAAGAACCUGAUCAAUCUAAACUGGACCCAGAUACUUGCCGUCGAUUGUGUAUUCAACCAUCUAAUCUGUCUGACUUUCUCUCCACAACACCUGUUGCAGAACAUGUCAGAUCUUUCUAUUGUUUUUCCUCAAAACAAAAACCAAUUGAGUUGUCUCCUAAUGAAAUCAAACUCAUUCACAAAGCCUUUCCACUUAUGAGAGUCUUGGAUGUUGAAUCUCUCAAGUUUAUUUUCUCCAAAGACUUCAACCAAUUAUUUCAUUUGAGGUAUAUUGCUAUCUCAGGUGACUUUAAGGCCCUCCCUCCUACCUUUGGUAAAUUCUGGAAUUUACAAACUCUAAUACUUAAUACAAGUACCUUAGAACCCACUCUUGAAGUAAAACCAGAAAUAUGGAACUUGUUACAGUUGAGGCAUCUCCACACCAACAUACCUGCAAAAUUGCCAUCCCCGACUACCACCACAGGUAAACCUUCUUGUCUACAGACUCUUUCUAUGGUUGCGCCAGAAAGUUGUGAGAAAGAUGUGCUAGCAAAGGCGUGUAAUGUAAGAAAAUUGAGCAUUCGAGGGCAAAUGGCGGCAUUUCUUGGUGCUUACAAGGGUGGUAUCAACAAUCUUGUAGAGCUACAGUGUCUGGAACAUUUAAAAUUGUUGAAUGAUGUUCUUUUCAUAAAUAAAACACUUCACCUUCCACUAGCAUUCUCCAAACUGGUACGUACGGUGAAGAAGUUAACUCUGACAAACACAAGGUUUGCUUGGAGUGAGGCGGAUAAAUUGGGGACAUUGGAAUCUCUUGAGGUCCUAAAGUUUAAAGAAAAUGCAUUCACGGGUGAAUUCUGGAAGCCAAAGAGUGGAUUUAGCGCACUCCAAGUCUUGUGGAUUGAAAGGUCAGAAUUAGAAUCUUGGGAGGCUUCGGUUAUUAACUUCCCCAUGCUUAGGCAACUUGUUCUUAUCUCUUGUGAUAAGCUUGAUGAUGUGCCACUUGAGCUGGCUGAUAUACCUAGUCUUCAAGAGAUGAGGCUGGAUAACACAAGCAAAGCAGUACAAUCCGCAAAAAAUGUUCGAGAUAGCAAGACAUCUAAAAGCAUGAAACUCAAGCUAAGCAUAUUCCCUCCUGAAAAUGAAUCCAAGGUUGCACAGUGAUAUUGAAAGGAGAGAACUUGGACAUUGAGCUUGCUGGAAGCCAGGGGUCAUCAGACAAAUAGCUAACUGGAGUAUUGUCAUUUUGAAAUAACGCUAGGUCUGCUGCAUUUCGAGUUCCCCUUUAUGUGGAUUGUUUUUUUUUUCUCGGUUGUGAAACUGUUUGCAUCUUUCCUAUUCUGUUAUGGUUGUAUUUGCUUUGUUUCGUUCGUGUAAAACUCUUGUUUUAAUCUAUCACUGUUUUUGUUGAAA